AUGUCUGCGUCCACGAAAGCCUGUCCAGAGCCGGCAGAGGACAACCGAGGACAAGCAGUGGAGCUUCCUGAGCUGAAGCAGCAAGUCCAUGAUCAGUUUAUCCCAGAGGAGCUGCUGGUCACCCUCACCUCCACCAUGUGCCGCAGCAGCACCCCAGGACCUGCACACCACAGACACAGCAAGGGCUGUGGAAUCAGGCGCCCAGAUGCCAUCUGGCAUCACCCACUUGGACGUAAGAAAUACAAAUACUUCCUGGAGCAGCCGACAUCCCUGACUGGAGCUGGCAGUGACAUUUCCUUUCUGUGCGAUGCCAUGGCAACCCAGAGGAAGAAGAUACACCUCCCACCACUGGUUGAGAGGAGUUGUGACGCCCACACUCAGGCAGGCUGCCUCAGCACAGUUGAGAGUCUGAUCCCAGAGGAGUAUCACAUAGUGAAAAACAAAGGGCUUCAGGGCCUGCACUUCUAUGAAGAUAAAUACACAGUCCAGCUGCAGGAUGAGGAGCAGAGACUGAGGGUCUUCCCUUCCCUGAGGCCCAGUAGCAGAGUGGAAGUGGUCCAGCUGAUGAAUAUGAUGGACGACAUGCUGGAGAAGGCCGGGGUGGAGCAGCAGUGUGAGGAAUUGACCGAACUCUCCCAGAUGCAGGGACUGCUGGAGCUGGUGCGGGUCGAGCAGAACAUCUACAACAUCGUCUUCCACGAGCUGAUCCGGCAGGUCAGCGUAGGCUGUGCCGAGAGAGGACAGCUGCUCGCCAAGCUCAGACAGAGGUAUCAGUCCCUGCUGGAGCGAAUCCCCCGCCGUCUGAAGGCUCUCCACGCCGAGACCCUGGCUCAGAGGGCCCUCGACCACCGGCUCACCGAGGAGAUAUUUCACUUAAAAACCUCCAUGCAGCAGCUCAACAUGGAACUAUCGAAGAUCAGAGACCAUGAUGCCUUCGUGUCCCAGCAGUCCGAACAUGCUCAGCAGCAGCUUGCCAAGGCACUGGAUCAGGUGCACAGAAACUCUGACCUGGUCCAGACUUACCAUGAGCUGUAUGAGAUGCAGAGACGUCGUCUUGAGGCUCAGCUGCUCCGGCUGACUGAGGAGAGAGAUGGCUGGAGUCAGGUUACCUUCAGCCUGGCCCUCAAGGUGAUCAGUUUGAAGAAACUGCAGGUGGUCAGCAGGCUGCAUGUCAGUGAGCAGGGCUGGGCCAAGACUGCAGAACACUGCACCAUCUUCCUCACACACAAGGACACAGAGAAACUGAACGUCAUCACACAGCUCACUGACCAGUGGAAAGAUCAGCUGGCUGCCUUCAUGUCCCAGCUGAGGAAGACUGAGCACGCUCAAUGUGAACAGAUAAGCACCAUCCAGAAAGGCUUCACUAAGUGGCUCACCUUCUGCACCGCACAGAACAAGAGUCCAAAUCCAAAAUAUGAGAAGGAUACAGAGGAAGACAUUUAUGCUGAUUUGAAGCAAUGGUCAAAUACGCUGACCUUGCAGUGCGAGCGCUACGGGGGAACAGAGCUGCUCCAAUGCAAGGAGACGCUGGGUGAGCUUGGGCGUCUCCAGGGGGGCUGGGUGGAUCUGUGCCUGCAGCUCUUCAGCAGACACCCGGCCCGAGAUGGAGCACCCCCCAAAGGCCAUGAGGCCUUGAGAGAACUGGACAGUCUCGUGUUUGAGCUCCUCAAACAGCUGGAAACUCGAGUCAGCGGAGAGAGUGGGAUCUACAGACAAAUCAUGUCCCUUGUUAAAUGGAUGGAUUCCUGGGCCUCGAGGCUGAAGGCAGAGAUUGACCGUCCGGAUAAUAUGCCUGUCUCUUACUGGCGGAAGCUGGAGACUGCACUGUGCAGUUGGCAGAGUCUAGCUGAUGAAGCCUUGCAACAUGUCUCCAGCAUGCAAACAGAGAACGAAAAGGACAAAAACAACUCACAUGUCAACAGCAUAGAGGUGGAAGAUGUAUUUCGCACCAUGGAAAGGUUCAUCAGCAGCCAGUCCAACUUCUUUGACAUAGAGGACCAGAGACUGUGUGAGGAGGUCAGUUCCAUUCAUAAGGCUAUGAUUCACUGGAUGCUGGACCUGCUGCUCCUCAUGGUUCCAGACCACAGCAAGGACCAGGACCAGGACCAGGACCAGGUCCAGGACCGGGACCAGGACCAGGACCUCUCCAUUAACAAAAUCUCACUAGAGAAACUGCAAGAGGAUGCUAUGGCACUGGCCCAGAAACUGGCCUACUUCUCCAAAUACAUCACAAGCUCAUGCCAGCUGAUCCUGGAGGAGCAGAUUCUGAAGACCUUGUGUCGAGAUGAGGCUGAAAAUGAGAUGUUUGAGUGCAAGAAGUUACAGAAAGAGUGCAGUGAUUGGGUGGAGACCUGUGGAAUCCUGCUGUUUACAGUGAAAGGCAGUCCUGUGGAGCUGUCUGUCACCCAGCCAGACGCGGCCUCUGGCAAUGAUGUCACAGUCUCCCCAGCAGACAGUGUGGAGUCUCUGGUGAAGAUGGAGGUUUCAUCACAGCCUGAGGUAGAGGAAAAGGUCAAAGAUGAGAGUCAGGCAGAGUUGGAAGACCUCAGUCACACUCAGACCAGGGAGAGCACCGCUGGAUGUGAUGAACCCCAAGAACAAGGGAUACUUCAGGGUGAGCCAUCGGACCACGAGAGCCCCGUUAUGAAGCUGAUUCAGUACGAUGGACACAUCACAGAAAGCAGGCUGGAAGAGAGCAGCGUGCAGCUGGACGGGACCAAGGAGCUGGUUGUGUUUCCAGCUACUGAUGAAGCCCAGGAUGGUUUCAGUGCUCUGGCCACAGUGGGAUUACUGCAGAGGGAACUGAGUGCUGCAGAGGUGCGGAUCCAAAGUGCUGAGCAGCGAGCCUUGAAGGCUGAAGAAGCUCUCCAGGCAGCUCUGCAAAAGAUCCAGGACCUGGAGAGACAACUACAGGGUCGCUCCAGUCUGGAGCCCAAAGGUAGGAGAACCACUUCACUGCCGUAA